AUGAAAGUCGGCUUCCUAUGCGCAAUUAUUGUGCUGUUGCAUUGCCACUUAAUCUUGGCUCUCUCGUCCCAAGAUGCUGUGCUUGUGGUUGGUGCUACAGGUGGAACGGGCAAGCAAGUCCUCAACGGACUCGUUCAGUCAGGAUUGAAGCCAAAGAAUCUUCGGGUAUUGAGCCGCGAUGCCUCCAAGUUGAAGUUUCUUGAAGAGCAAGGAUUUGGGACAGUUAAGGCCGAUUUGAAUGACUGCGAUUCUUUGGCAAAUGCUCUGAACGGUUGCAGCGGUUGCUAUCUCCAUUCUACCGUCGGUGAUACGAAAGAGUUAGAUUCCAAUGAAGUGCUAGCUGCGAGAAAAUUGGCCACUGCCAUGUCGUUGCGAGAGACACCGAUGCACGUGGUCUACAAUAGUGCUGUGGGUGAAGAAAGUCUCAUUGGUUCUCGGAAACAACAGAAGCGUGCAGUGGAAGAUCUCUUUGAAAAUGAUUUCCCUUCCAUCGAUUUUACAUCACUGCGCAGCAACUUUUUCAUGGAUCCACUGUGGAAAAAAUACACACGGCCGGCUAUUUUGGCAGGGAAAUUCACUUUUUGCGUUCCACCUGAUACACCUAUUCACUUGACGGCGGUUGCGGACAUGGGAUUUCUAGCGGGAAAGUGUCUCCAGUCGAUCAAAACAACCAAAAAUCGCACCAUUAAUGUCUCUGGGGAUGUUCUGACUCCUGUAGAAAUUGCUGCAGCCUUUGCCAAAUGUCAAGGGACUCCAUGUCAACACAGUAAGGGUACCACGAUGGCCAUUAUGUCACGGCUCUUCUUUAAAAGUCUGUGGGAAGAGAUUGUGUUUCUCCGCAAGACCAGAAUAACUACAGAUAUUGACGAUCUGAAACAAGAGUUUGGAAAAGUCACUUCCUUUGAGGAAUUCUUGGACAAUUCAGGAUGGGCCGAUACCUCGCGAACCUACGAAGAUCUUUCAAGAUGA